AUGUCCCAUAUGAUCCUGCCAUGUUUCCAUGUGCUCGCCCUAGGUCCUAGAGGUAGCCUCGAUGCCUCCGGCCGCUUGCUGACUGAUACGUUCCGUCCGGCCGUCGAUUUAUGUCCGCUGACUCAGUCGCUUGACGGCAACGAAGGGGCGUGA